UCAAAGUAUCACAAAACACGAAUAUAUGUAUCGUUCACGCGAUUCGUUUAGCUAACAAUAAGAGAUUCCUUUUAUCUUGAAAUCUUGUGUUAAGAGCAGUAAUUUGUUUGUUAAACUUUUGUAUAGAAUUAUCUGUGAUAAAAUAAUUGAUGAUUGUGUGAGCAAGCUUUAAAAGCAGACACAAUUAUGAAUUGACACUCUUUCAACCAAACGUUCAUCGCGGAACAUCUGAGUUGUUGUUGAAGCGAAUAUAAACUGUGUUCAAAUGAUUGAUGGAGAUGAACAAUCUAAGAUAUAAACGCGACCUAUGUUCGUGAUCAGAUUUCAUUUUAUAUUCGGUUAUUGGCGAAUUCUGCGGACUUAUCUUAAGAUGUCGAAAGUAUUAUGUCCAGUUUUGGUCGAGGAAGUAAAUGUAAUAACAUUAAAAAACAUGGAUUCAUUGCUGCUAAGCACUUACAGUCGACUUCCGGGGACGCAGGUGCGCGUAAAGUGUCUUUCUGAACUAACACACUCUCUGAUCGGCCGAGAACUGAUCACGUGCCUUCCCAGUGGCCAAUGGAAUGCGCCGUUACCAAAGUGCAUCAAAGAUACAAAUAAGGACAAUAUGAAGGAUAUUAUUUUCGCGCAAGUAACACCUGAAGCCUCCGCGCGGACGUCCAUCGCAACAACGGACCUAAAUCAAAUUCCCUUGUUUCUGACAUUAGGAGCUGUUGGCAUCAUCUGCAUAUUGCUCAUUGGGUUUUUACUGUAUGCUCUCUAUCGGCAUAAACAGGUCAAGAAGCGCUUGCACGGUACCAGCGAUAUCCUCAAUACGUCAAGAUCAUCGAAUCACAACCCGAGUUCAAGUUCAGAGUUUUGGAUGGAACUUCCGGGUCCGCGUCACUUCCUGUGCAGAGAAGUCUCGUUUCCGGAAGACACAGUUACGGACAAUUAUAGAUAUACCAAUCUUUACUCAGGGUGGUCGGGGUAUUAGCAAAACAAUCGAUUACGAGUGGAGAACAUUCAUAUGAGCAUAGUGACAGGAUUAAUGCGAUAAAGAAUGCUCCAAAAAGUCUUUUGCAUAGAAUAAAAUUUGAUUUCAAUAAAAAGUAUUAUCCCUUUGACAAAACGAUGUACCACUAGCGUGCAUGUCAAUUCCAAGGAUAAAAUACAACGUCCAUAAAUACUUAAUUCCUUAAAAAAUGAUUUAAUAAAAAAUAUUAUCCCUUUGACAAGACUAUGUACCGCUUGUUUGUCAAAUCCAGGGAUAAAAUACCAAAUAAACAGCCAUAUUAUAUACUACUCACACACAAGUUUUUAGUAAUGUUUUGUUAUAUGCGGUCAUAGUGCGUAGAAUGAAUCAGAAGCAGGCAUCUGAACUCGUGAAAACUAGUGUCCACAAUUAGUUGACAAUUACUCCAUUGCAUCUUAUGACGUUAUUGAGCUAAACAUAAACACUCGUUGAAAGCUGUGUUCCACAUUUGCCUUAACAAAUAUAAGUUGCCGUUUAUUUACAUUGUCAAAAUAUUGUCAUAAGUAUUAAAUACCACUUAAGUUUGUGUAACGGCAAAAUUAUUUUAUUGUCAGCAUAUUUUAGCUGUGCCAGACUAUAGUGCUUAUACAUAAUUAUUUAACUGGUAUAUUUAGUAUCUAUGAUAUCACGAUUUGCAUUUACCUUUGAAAACCGCAUAUAGUUUCAUGUACUUUGUAUUCUUUCUAUAUAGUAUACGAAACCAUUAUAUUUAUAAAGUAUAUGUUAUUGUUGUUUUGAUAUAUUGAUACCGUUUACGGAGGCAAAUUUCAAUGUAUGUGCAUACAAUAUAUUAGUCGCAAUAUGUUUGUAUUUUACUGAUUGAACAUAGGUCAUGAAAGGAUCCGUGUAUGCGUUUUUUAUAUGUCAACAAAGAUUAUCAU